AUGUGCAGUCAAAGCCUUUUCUCUUUUUUUUUUCACUCCCUUCCUCCUUUUGUUUUUUCUCUCACCUGCCCCUUCUUGUUUUUCUUUCACUCUCCCUCCCACUUUGUUUUUUUAAACUUUCACCCUUUGUUUUUCUUUCACUCCCCUCUCUUCUUCCCACCUUUGUUUUUUCUCUCCCUUUCCACAUUUGAUUUCUCUCACACUUUCCACCUUUCUUUCGCUUAUAUCCAUUUCUCUGUCAGAACUGCCAUUUUUGAGCUCAUAUCUUAUUUGUGCUUUCAGACACAUUUCUCUCUUUCUCUCUCUCUCUCUGUUUACUUCUAUUAUCUCUCUCUCAUUCUCAUUCUGUUUCCAUUUACUUUACUCAACCUAGCUCUCCUCUCUCUGUUUUUUCUCUUCUCUUGUGAUUUUGUUUUCCUCUCCCUCAGUAUUACUGUGUUUUUGCUCUGCUCCUUCUCCUGCUUUUUUGCACUACUCUCUCACUGUUUUUUGCUCUACACUCCCUCUCUGUUCUUACUAUCCUCUCUCUCUCUCUCUCUCUCACUCUGGUCUUGCUAUCCUCUAUCUCUCUGUUUUUGCUAUUCUCUCUCUGCUUUUUCUCAGCUCUCUUUGCCUGUUUUUAGUAUCCUCUCUCUGCUUUUCCUCUCCUCUCUCUCUGUUUUUGCUCUCUUCUCUCUCUCUCUCCCUCUCUCUCUCUCUGUUUUCUUCUAUCUCUCUCUGUUUUUUAUCUCUUCUAUCUCUGUUUUUAUUCUCUUCUAUCUCUGUUUUGAUCUCUCUAUCUGUUUGGAUAUCUCUAUCUCUCUUUUUCUCUCUGUUAGGAUCUCUCAAUCUCUCUCUGUUUGGAUCUCUCAAUCUCUCUCUGUUUGGAUCUCUCUUCUAUCUCUCUGUUUUUGCUCUCUUUAUCUCUCUCUUAUUUUGCUCUCUCUCUCUUUUUUUGUUCUCUUUCUCUGUUGUUGA